UAAGGAGGGCAGGACAGCAGCAGCAGCAGCAAAGAGGAACCACGACGUGGUUGGCCGGAAGGAGUCGUGCAACCGCUCCGCCAGGCUCAGACAGGAACAGCCAUAGAGCGCGGAGGGGCGGUCCCUCUCUGAGUCCCUGCACCUUGUUAUUGGUUGUAUUAUAUGCACGGUUGUAUAACCUACGUACAAUGCUAUGCACAUUUUUUUGGAAAUGCGCGAAGAAUUACUAAUCUGAUGGAGACGGAUUGAAGGCUAUCACCGGGCUCCGGAGCACAACAACAAGGCUACUAGCUUGUGUGGUGAGGGAGAAACACAAAGGUUUUAAGAGUGACUCACUACCACCGACUUACAGUCCAGAAAGAAAGGAGGUCUCACGGGGAAGACGGAAGCCAUAGUCAAGGAGGACUGCAUUUGUCCCCUGAUUCUAGACGUCCUGUCUGCUAACGGAGUCCGUGAUGGAUAAAAGAACAGACCAUGCUGCUGAGAGACCCUAAAUGAUACCCGACGGAGGGAGGAGGAGAAACGGGGAGCUCUGAACUGGAGCCGGGACUGAUGUCUUUGAAGAUUUGUGUACCAGCAGACAUUGGAACUCCAGGUUUCUAUCCAGAUGUAACCCACAUCCCAGACAGAUCUAGCUCCAAGGAAAGGAUUGUAUGAAAUAAGAUCUUGCUCCGAGCCUUUGCAAAGGAUGGCUCAUAGGUGGGAUUCAUACUUCCAUAAUCCUCCACCAUUAGCAUCGGACCCCAGCACUUUCAGAAGGCCUCAAGAAUCAGAAAGAAGUCCUCCUGACCAUAUUGAGAACUUCAUCGGACACCAUGAUUUCUCCAGCACAGUGGCUUCACAUGAAACCCCUCCUAACUCAAAUUUCAACACAAAUUGUUUCUCAGACCCCAGUGUUGGAAAUUCUCGUUCAGACUGUGUUUAUCAGAGAUACUACAAAGACACUCAGUGGCAAGCAGAUGACAGACAACACGAAAAAGAUUACUUGCCAAAUAGUGAACUCUCUGACUUUUCCACAGAUGGACUGUCAGCAUCUGUAUCUUUUCCUUCAUCUUUUGCAACAGACAUACAAGGACUAAACCAGGACUGUGGAAUACUAGCUACAUCAUUUCUGGAGAACUACUCUGAUGUCAGUAGCUGCUCAGAUGCAGAUGCCAAUGAAACAAGACCCUCCUGUAAAUUUGCUGCAAGUAGUUCAUUUCCGAAACCUAAAAUUGGUGUGGCUGCUAAACACAGCUCUUCCGAAUGGAUUCUUCCUCGUCCUGGAAACAUGAACUUUCAAACUGAGAGUCAAUGCCCUGGCAUGUCAGAGACCACAGUCCGCUUGCAAAGCCCUUCAAAUGUACAUACAGGAGAACACAUAGUUCAGAUUGCACAUGACAAGAUCAGCAGUCCAGACAAAACAUUCAAAUACGAAGGGGAAGAUCAGCUGCCUGCUACCUCUGAUGUGGUGGCAACUUCCAGCACUGAGAAUACAAAGGAUGCAAAUGAUACUAAUGGUGGAAAUCGGAAACAAAUGAAUGAAGUUGAGACAAAACAAGGGGAAUCUUCCAACAUCCUGACAAGUACCUCCAAAAACUUUAUUGAUGGAAAAGAGGAGUUCCCAGUCGGCAAUAAGAAAGAGCAGAUUUCAGAAACUACUCUAAAUAGCAUGACCACUUUUGAAGAUGAGCAAGAUCAUGUUGAUGAAGAGUUAAUUGAAGAGGGAUUAAAGCAAUCAAUCCUCCAGGAAAAUGAGGGAUUUGAUAACUCCACUGGUGGUCAAGCUAGAGACAUGAUGGAGGAUCAGCUGGAUGAAAGUGAAAGGUUGGAAGGUGAAAGGAAAGAACCCGAAUCCGCGAAUGGUCAAGAUAACAUGGAGACCAACAGUCAGGAGACUAAAAUGAAGUCAAACACUUCUCAAUCUUCAGAUCCACUUGUCAUUGAUGCGUCUGACUCUAAGGAUGUCACUCAUGGAUUGGGAGAAUGCACCAGUACCUUGAAGAACAAACCUAAAUCCUGUUUACAGUUUCCCGAGCAUCUGGAAAGGAUGGAGGAGGAUAAUGACUGUACAAGCUCUCUCGCUCCUGGUGUAGGUGAUCAUUUCAGCCUUGCAAGUGACGAGGAUGAGGCAAGCAUGGACAGUCAUUCAGAGCUCUGCUUACAGCCAAGUAGCCCAGACAAAGGGGAAAAUCCCAGUCAAGACAACAAAUGGACAAGUCAAGUAGAGAUGGCAAAUACUGCUACUGCUUUAGAUUCUGAUCAAAAUGGUCCUGGUGAAAUUCUAUCUGUUGAUACUGGAGACAAGUCAAUGCAAGGCGUUUCUGAUAGCAUGGAUGACAGCAAACAGUCAAAUACUUCAAGCACAGACAUGUAUCCCUGUCUUCAAAAAGAAAGGACAAGUGCAACAGAAAAAACAAAUACGACUUCUUGUCCUAUUCAGGAUCAGCCACCUAUUGAAACCCUUGAGGCACUUGAAUUGGACAGUUGUAGUGGAGAUGUGGCUGAAAAUUCAAGAGAAUCAUUUCAAAGGUUGGAUGCAUCUACAGAAGAAUCAUCAGUACUUGACAUGUUGUAUGGUGAACCUCUCUCAAGAGAGGAGUCUUCUUGUGACACUGAAACAAAACUUGACAUCAAUCAAUAUGAAGACCCAUCUUUGGUUGGACCUGAUGAUAACAGCAUGGACUGUUCAGAAAGCCGAGCACCUCAACUAAAGUCCUCAGCACAAAUGAGAAACCUUCUGCAGCCUGUUGUAAUAUUGAAGACCUCAGAACCAAUAAACACAAUAAUGAAUUCCUUGCAAUGUGCAAAUUGCCGACACACAACCCUAAAUAUGGAUCAACUUAUUGAACACCAGCAUAGUUGUCAUUUAGUGUACAACUUUCAGUUUUGCGAGACAUGCAAUAUCUACCUGAUGAGGAGUGAGGAAGCAGAAAAACAUGUGUGUGGUGAAACCAAAGGGACUGCUGCUGCAGAGAGCUCUCAGCUGUCCUCUGAUUCCAGCAAACGGAAGAGAGGGAAAAAAACAGGCAAGCAUAAAUGCAUAAGGUGCCAACUCAGAUUUUCAAAACUGUAUCAGUACAUUGGGCAUAUGAGGUCUCACACUGGCAAAACACCUUAUCUCUGUGAUGGAUGUGGCUUAUAUUUUUCAAACUCUACUUCCCUACGAAGACACAAGGUUAUACCUGGGAGAUGCAAGAAGUCAGAACGGCCUGUUCAAGAUUCCAAGUCUGACAUCAGCAAAACAGAAUCACCACCACAAAAGACCUCAGUCCAGAAUAAGCCAUCAACAAGUCUACUCAAAUGUCAUGUAAAGCUUGUUGACGUCUCCAAAACUCAUCUGUGUGUUCUAUGUAGUAAAACCUUCUCGACUUCACAGGAGGCCAAAAAGCACUUCAAAACCGAACACAAGGAGAAGAAAGUUUCAGUUCCUUCAAAUCAGUGUACUACAACACAAAGCAAUGAGAAAAGCCAGACAAAGAACGAGACUAGCAGUAAAUUCAAAUGUCCUCUUUGCCCACGCGUUUUCAAGUUCUCAUACAACAGGAAUAAACAUUUACGCUAUUGUGUCAAAGAUUCAGUAUAUGGUGGCAAAGGAAAAACUGAUGGUAAAUUUCCAUGUCCCUUGUGCCAUGCAACCUUCUCUUUGUCAGCAAACCGGAAAAGACAUAUACAUACAUUUUGCCUCAGACAAUAUCUUGGUAGGCUUGGAAAAGUAAGCAAAAUGUCAAAGCAGAAGUUUCAACAGAUAAAAAACGGGGAGACUGAACAGUCAAGACAGUCAAAAGAAAAUGAGAAGAAAGCACUGACAAAAGAGAAUGAGAAGAAAGCCCUGACAAAAGGAUGUGUGCAGAUAAAACGAGCAACCCAAGCUUUAACAGCAAAGACUACACCGCGUUACUAUUGCAACCUUUGUCCAGCAGUAUUUUUUGAUGGCUCCGGAAAGUACAGGCACAUGAAGAAACAUGAGUUGUUCAAACUCACUGGAAAAGUUUUUAAGUAUCGGAAUUCAGUUUCAUCAGUUUCAUCAACUGAAACUAAGAAAAGUCUAAGCUGUUCUCUUUGUGGCAAAUGUUUUGGCACAACGCAGUCACUGGUGAAACACAAGCGCUAUCACAACAAAGCAGAACGACCAUACGCCUGCCUGCAGUGUGGGAAAUCAUUCAAGAGGCAGGCCCAUCUGAUUGGUCACACAGUUACACACCAGAAAAGGUUGCAGUGUACGGUCUGCAGAAAGAUUCUACCAACUGUUGGAGAACUCAUAAAGCACAGACGCUUACAUCCUCAAAAAGGAAACCUAAAAUGCCCAUACUGCACUCAGGAGAUUAAGUAUCCUGCUCACUUCCUCAAGCAUGUACGCUCCCACCAAAAACAAGAGGAAAAGGCACCACAGCAAGAAGAAAGACUGUCAAUAAAAACAAAGCAGUCCUUUGAACCUGUGAAAGAGGAGAGUGGAGUGAACGAGCUGCAGUGUUCCCUUUGCAGGGAGGUAUUUUCUAAUGCCCAUCUGCUGAGAAAACAUUGUCUGACUCAUGUAUCCAGAUCUACGAACAAGUGUCCCUUUUGCAAGAAUAAUUUUAGUAAUCGCCGCUAUUUGCUUCGUCAUUUGGUCGUACAUACUGGUGAUAAACCCUUUUCCUGCAUUCACUGUGGGAAACAGUUUUACCGGGAUGUUUACCUUCAACUUCACGCUGAGAAGUGUUCAGCUGCCCCAACCACACAUCAUGUCAAAGCAGACCCUGACACCCAAAGAAAAUGUUCUCUUCAGUGCUCCUAUUGUCCACGGGUGUUAAAGGACAAAGCCCGCCUGAUGGCUCAUCACAAAGGACACAUGGCAAACUCUCUGGUUCUGUGCUCAAGAUGUCGGAAGUUCUAUGGACCUAAAAGAAUAAAAUAUCAUCAGAGGAAAUGUAAUGGUACUUUAAAGGAUAAUGCUGCCUCAUCACCAUCUGUUAAUAUCAAUUUAAGUGAAAGCACACCACAGGUUGUCAAGAGAAUGCCUUUACAAUCGAGUGCAACCAAGAUGCUUCAGUUCAAAUGCUCACACUGUUCAGAGAGGUUCAGGUACCGAUCAUUGCUCUUGAGACACCUUGUUAAACAUACUGGUUUGCAGCCCUAUGCAUGUUCACAAUGCGGCAAGAGAUUUCGGAGUCGUACUAUGUGUACACAGCAUGAAGCAUUCUGUGAUGGGGACCACAAGAGUAUGGAGUCUGACGUAAAAAGUGAUGCUGCAACACAAUCCCCAAACAUCCCCAAUCUCAGAGAGAAAGCACACAGGCCCCAAGUAAAAGGUGACGGUGAAUUCAAGUGCAAAUUCUGCACCAAGACCUUCAUGAAACCCCGCAACCUGAGACGUCAUAUUUUGACACACAAUGAAGUUAAGCCAUACCGCUGUAAAGCCUGCGACAGCUGCUUCUCAAGGUAUGAUCAUUUAAAAGUACAUCAGUCUCGUUGUAGAGGGAAAAAGCAACGCUUGCAAGUUUGUAUUCCCAAAAUCAGCAUAAAUGAUGUUGGCAAGGGAUGGCAAAAUAAGUUUGGGACUGAUUUUGCUGAAAAACAGGAGACGUUUGAAUGCAGAGCCUGUUCAAGAAUCUUCCCAACUCAGUCUAAACUUUCUCGACACAACACUCUGUACCAUAUAGAGAAACGAUUCAAGUGUCCAAACUGUUGCUCAGCAUUCUCCCAUGCAAAAACUCUGAAAAUGCACAGGAGGAUGAGAAAGUGUAGAAAGGUCUCUUUGUCAACAUCAGCAACAUGUCUACCACCAGGCAACAACUCAUCCACAGAAAAUCUGAUAAAACCCCUGCAUGAGGUGCGCAGUAGUGUUUUUCAGAGGAUCCAGCCCUAUCUUAGCAAAAAGCAUAGACACGUGUGUAGAUAUUGUCCCCGUGCUUUUGUAACCAGUGGGCAGUUAGACAUGCACACUCGCCUGCACACAGGUGAGAAGCCGUAUGCCUGUGAUUAUUGUGGUAUGAGAUUUAUAAGGAAAGACUAUGUGAAGCGUCAUUACCCAAAGUGCAACAAGAAGGGUGGACAAAGUAAAGUUCUCUGUGAUGGAUGUGGUGGAUUUUUCUCUCCUGAUAAGCUACAAAAUCACAAAAAAAGUUGCAUCUUACUGCCAAGCUUUGCAGAGUCAACAGGUAGCCAAAGCCAACCGUCAACCUCUAAAAGCCCACCAAAAGGCUUUUCCUGUGCAUACUGUAGUUCCCGUUUUUUGCUGUUUUCACAGCUCCAAGAACAUUUCAUAAAUUCACACAAGAUGGAAACGAUGGUAUCCCCUGUGACUACUGCUCCCCUACAACAACAUCUGUCAAAUAUUCCCAACAUAAAGGAAGAGCCUUUGGUUGAGAGUUGUAGUGUUGCUAAUGUUAUCUGUAACCUAGAUACAGCUCUAGAUAUGGAGGUGUCUGACCAGUUUUACUGCGAAGUGUGUGACAUGUCUUUUACAUGCAAAAGUGGACUAACUUCUCAUCAGCGUGUACACCAAAAAGAGUAUCCUUAUAACUGUAAAAGAUGCAAACGAGGCUACUGGAAUAAAAACCUUUAUCGCAGUCAUUCCAGGAAAUGUAGAAUGCCAUGUGUAUCAGAGAGCAGUACAUCACCACAGCUGGAAGUUCCCUUGAAAGCAAGGAUUGAUUUUGCGCUGAAUGACUCUGUUCUUUAUGGCUCCAAAUCAACUGGCACUGGAGUUGUACAGACAAACUCCUCCUGCCAGGAGGACAUAGUGGAUGACUCCCAGAGAAAUUCCGAUGUACAACGAGAGCAAAGCACCUCAAGUAAAGAGAAGAAACCGGUGCUGUACCAAUGUUCAGAAUGUGAUAAGAGCUUCUCAGAUGGCUUAAUGCUCAUCAGUCACCUUGAAGACCAUGGGAGACAGGAACAAGAGAAACGGCGCAAUGCAUGCUCUAAGUGCGGAAGGGUAUUCUCUAGUCAAGGAAAUCUUCAAAAGCACUUGAAGGUCCAUCUCCUCGAUGGAGAUAGUUUUUCUUGCCCUGACUGCUCCAUGAUCCUUGACUCUCUAUCUAAGCUUGAAAUCCACAGAACAUGUCACGAUCCAAAUAGACCGUAUUCUUGCAAAUUAUGUAAUCAAAGGUUUUGGACAAGACCAGCUCUAUGUAAUCAUUACACUGAGGCCCAUCCAAAUGAUGUAUAUACUUGUCGUUUCUGUAACAAGGCCUAUGCAGCCAAAAAAUCACUGGCAAGACACUACAAAACUUGGCAUUUUAAAGAGCUCAAGGAUCAGGAAAGAAAAACGCAGGGAAAAAACAGCAAGGAAAAACAAUCCAGCAGUCAACCCAGCUCUGCUGAAAGCAAUGGGGAUGAAAACCACUGCAGUGGGGACAGCGACUCAGACUCUGCUCCUUACUUUCCAUGCCAUGUGUGUGGCAAAACUUUCCCAACAUCAGAAAGCCUAGAGGAUCAUCAGCGUUGUCACCUGGGCGAAAAACCACAUGAAUGUGAGGAGUGUGGUCGAUGUUUUUUCCAGGCAUCCCAGUUGCAGCAGCAUCAACGAAUGCAUCAGUCUGAGUUUCAGUGUCAGUUAUGCGGCAGGGGCUUUGUUACUCUCUUUGCACUGCGUACUCACAAGCAUUCUCAUGGGAAGAACCGUCCACACCGGUGUUCUAAGUGUGACCUCAGUUUCACAGGACCCUCACAGUUGGCAGAGCACAUGACCACCCAUCGUGAAGAGAGUUUCCCUUGUGAUAUAUGCAACCGUGUGUUUCCCUCCAAGAGUAGUAGAGUUGAGCAUCGAAAAAGCCACUCUAAGUCAAGCAAGCGCCAGCCACCUUCAGUUUCAAGGGAAGAUAAUGAGAAAGUUGGGUCAUCUGAGCUUAAAUACCGCUGUGGUGUCUGUAAUGACCGUUUCAGAGACCCGGAGGAGCUCUCCGAGCAUGGUUGCAUUGCAGCUAAAGAGCGACAAUACUCAUGUUCAGACUGCGAUAAGCAUUUUCUGCAUGCAUCCCACCUGAAAAAGCACAGGGCCACCCAUAAAGUAUCAUGGUCUAGUAGUGAAUACCCAUGUAAUCAUUGCAACCGCAGUUUUUCUUCAUCCCAGGACUUCCUCAGCCAUGCUAAAAGCCAUGUUGACUCCAAAGCAAAAAGUGAUCCCAACACCCAGGAGGAAGAUGGAGGUUCUUCACAGAGUUUCAUUUGUCCAGUCUGUCACCAGUGUUUCACCAGUGCAACAGAACUAAUUGGCCAUUUUCCUAUGCACCCUGAUGGUACAUUUGAAUGCAAAAUUUGUGGAAUAUCAUUUCCUUCAGAGAGUCAGCUUAAAGAGCAUGAGCAAAGUCAUCCAAUAUCUGAUACUGAAUUUGAAUGCACAGAAUGCGGCCAGAGCUUUUUAGGAGGCAAUGAUUUCUCCCAGCACGAAUGCUCCCACCAAAAACGCAGAGAAAAGGCGACUGGAGACUCAAAGCCGUCAACUAAAACAUCCCUUGCGACCCAUAAUCCCACAGCAGAGGAAGAAGAGGUUGACGUGACGGGAGAGGAUGUGUAUGAUUGCGUUGUUUGCUCAAUGCAGUUCUCCUCAAAAAGUAGUCUUCUGGAGCAUCAAAAUAAUCAGCACACAAGAACCAGAGAGAAACCAUUCAAAUGUGAGCUUUGUGGGAAUAGGUUUGCCCUAAGGCGGUACCUGAGAGAGCAUGAGAGAAGGCACCGUCAAAAAUCUACAAAGCAAAAUAGCAAUCAGUUGGCAGAAAACAACCUGAACUGUACUCAGUGUCUGAUUACGUUCCAUACAGCGGAGGAGCUGUCUUCGCAUAUGAGACUGCAUGCUGAAAAAGAAGGUGGAGAGUACCGUUGUGACAUGUGCUACAAGUCUUUCAGCCAGUUGUCUUUACUUAAGCAGCACCAAGAGAGUCAUGUCGGCGAAAUUGUAUAUGAAUGCACAGAAUGUGACAAAGCGUUUGCUUUUCCUCACUUGUUGGAGGAACAUCAGCAGACACAUGUAGGGUCCUCUCAGUAGAAAAAGUGUUAUGAACCCUCCUAUCUUAAGUUUCCUUUGAAUAACUGAAACUAAACUUACUUGAAUUUCCUUUCAUGCCUUAUGUCUGACUGUACCUCGGCUCGUAAACACUAUGUAAAUCUCUUUGGUAUUUUUGGCCCUUGUUGUACAUACGAGUCUUUGCUCAUGUCACUUUGACAGGGUUUUUUCUCCUACAUUUCUACAUUUGCUUUCUGUAUAGUUUGAAGUUGUAAUUUUUGAAUUUUCAUGCAGUUCAGUAGCGGAAAAGCAUCUUGACAGUGUUUGUAAAUACAAAAAUGUGUACAGUUGAUACAUAUCCUGUGUGUUAGAUACAGGUAAACAUGAUUGGUUAUAAUGUAAAUUAAAUGUCUUUUGAUAAAGGCUCUUUUUUUUAUCAAGCAUAAUAAUUUUUUGUUAGACACUUAUUUUAAGAUAGCCUUUAUUUUUGACUCAUGUAAGAUUUCAAACGGAUCGUUUUAAUAUUAAUUUUCUGACUUCUCAUCUAUUAGAGGUAUCAUUGAAAUUUUCAGUUCAACAUUUUCCUGUUUAUCUUGUGUUACAUUUUUGAUAGAAGCAUCUUGUUCAGAUGUUUGAAACAUGUUCAUACUGUAUUUUUCUCAUAACAUGAGAAUGUUAGUUUCUCAAGAAACUCAAGUUGAUGCAUUCACAAAGGAGUAAAAUCAACUAGAAAAUGUA